AUGCCCCCGUAUAGAAUGGAUAGAAGGUCUGCUAGAAUAAAAGCAGAGUUAGAAAGAUAUGGUUGGAGAGUUUCGAAGAAGUUUAAAUAUAGGAAGGGAAGACCCAUAAAAGUCUAUGACAAACUAUCUGGUCUUCGCUAUGAAAUGGACUUGGAAACAGCACGCGCAAAUUAUCCAAACAGACUAGAGAGGUUAGAAGAAGAACGUCUUAUGGACAUGCCUUUCGAUGUUACUGAGCCUCAAGUUGAAGGACACGACGGCUUUGCCAGGUUCUACUGGAAACAUGACGAACAAUUGCAUCCUUUGAGAAGGAAAAAAGGAAAAGGUGAAGACGCACAUGCUCCCAUGGAAAGAACAAGAUAUGCAUAUGAAAAGUAUCGCGAGGUUAGAAGUAAAAUUACUUCUGGUCGAACCUUUACAGUAAAUUUUGACGAAGGAAAGAACAAAGAAGGCUUCAUGGGUGUACUUGCUGCAAUUCAAGACGGAAAUAAGAAAGGAUACAAUCUCAGACUAACCGUAACAGAUUUAGAUGGUCAUAUUUACUAUGCACAUGGCAAUGUCACAACAGCCGCACAACUUCUUGACGCUUUCAAGACUACAAAGAGAGAACAAAUGGUUGACUCCGACUCAGACAUUUUGAAUGCAAUUGAAGGAAUUGCAAGUGUCAAGUUCGAAUGGUACCAACCUAA